GGAACUUUUUUCUUUCUCCUUCGAGCCGCAUGGCGCAUUCUCUUCCGAGGUUGUGAGCCAGCGUGAGUGCUAGUUAAAUUUCGUGCAGUGAUUUAUUUCUGUCGUGUGCCAUUUUGGAAGGAGCAGAGGAAAAUUUUGGAUUACCAUUUUUGAGUUGCGAUGAAUUGGUGCACCCUUUAGAAUGGCCGCUCCUUGUCUGGGGGGUGCUGCAGAAAUGCAGCCGAAGGUUGUCGCCAACGGCAUCACCCACCACCACCAACACACAAACUCGCGAGAUUCACUCGGCUUUUCCAAAGGCCUGCUCAAUGGACCAGGACAGAACAAUUGCUUCCUCAACAGUGCCGUGCAGGUUUUGUGGCACUUGGACAUCUUCCGCAGGAGCUUCAGGGAGCUCUCCGGACACGCAUGCAUGUCCGACUCGUGCAUCUUCUGCGCGCUCAAGGAGUUGUUUGCCCAGCUGCAAUUCAGCCAGGAGGCGGCGCUGCCACCGGACGCCCUUAGGAGGGCCCUGGCCGAGUCGUUCUUCAACCAGCAGCGUUUCCAGCUUGGAUUCAUGGAUGACGCAGCAGAAUGCUUCGAGAACAUUCUGCUGCGGAUCCACUUUCAUUUGGCUAGCAACGAGCCCGACGACAUGUGCAAUGUCGAGCACUGCGUGCCGCACCAGAAGUUUGCAAUGACCCUGGUCGAGCAGAGUGUGUGCGGGGCCUGUGGAGCCACCUCGGAACCACUUCCAUUCACACAGAUGGUGCAUUACGUGUCGGCGUCGGCACUCACGGCACAAGCGAGGCAGAUGGCCGCCGACGAGACACCCUCGAACCACAUGUUCGGCCAGCUCCUGAGGAAGGCAGGUGGAAUGGGCGACAUUCGUGACUGUCCCAGUCUCUGUGGUGCCAAAAUCCAAAUCUGCCGCACUCUGACAAACUGCCCGGACAUCGUUUCCGUCGGCCUGGUGUGGGACUCUGAGCGUCCCUCUCUGGAGCACAUUAUGGCCGUGUUCGCCACGCUGGGCACCAGUUUGCGCCUCCAGGAUGUUUUCCACAACGUAGUGGAGCGCGGUGCUGCCGGCACGCAACACGAACUGGUCGGCCUGGUCACCUACUACGGAAAACACUACUCCACCUUCUUCUUCCACACCAAGCUCCGCACCUGGAUCUACUUUGACGACGCUGCCGUCCGAGAAAUCGGUCCCCGGUGGGAGGCGGUUGUGGAUAAGUGCAGACGAGGCCGGUUCCAGCCUCUCCUGCUGUUGUACGCCAACCCUGACGGCAGCCCUGUAAACGCAGACUUGGCGCCCAGAACGGUGUUCAUGGUGCCCAACCCCAGUAAGGUGGUGCCGCCUCCGAGAAGGGCGGUCACGCCGAGCCCUGAAAAGGCCAGCGUUCUCACCGGGCCAAGAAGAGCGGUCACUCCAAAUCCAGAGGCUCCAUUUUAUGGAGGUGGACGAGAUUAUCAAAAUGUGGCUGAAAUGAACAAACUGGCCGCCGAAAGUUAUAUCAACAGACACACUGUCCAGUCCGUCCUCAACCUUCAGAGAACAAACAGCAACCCUCUGCCGCCUCCGUCACCUCAGUCGAGCACUGGAAGUGGCGAGUUGAGGCACCGAAGGGAUUCAGGAAACUGGAGUGGCGAUCGAAACAGCGCCUCCUCGAGCUCGUCGACGUCCAUGGAGAACCCAUAUCAUUUCUUGGUUCACGGAAAAAGGAUAACCAAGGGCCCACCGCAAUCUCCACGGAGCAAGACAGCCGAGUGGGGAGUUGAUCAUGGCUAUGAUUCGUACUCCCUUUCUUCAAACGAUAGCUUGCCAUUGCAGCAGAAUUUGAAGCAUAAUUUGCAGCUGGCUCAAAUUCCUGAGACGCCUCACCAAGACAAAGUCAGAAUGGGUUUCAAUGACUGCGAAAGGUUGUGCGAUGAGGCUGACAUGCUGCUGAACAAGUCGCUCUUGUACGAGGAGGAGAACGUUGACCUGAACACUGCCGUUGUUCUGUGUCAGGCAGCGUCACAGAAGGCGCGCGCCGCCAUGGACGCGCCUUACAACAACUCGCACACGAUGAACCUGGCCAUCAUGAAGCACAGCACUUGCGUGAUGCGGCUCAAAAGUCUGCACAAGCGGCUCGCCUCCCAAGAGUCUUUGAACGGAGACCUGGAUGCGGACGGACGACACAGCAGAAGUGGCAGACGAGAGGGCCAGCAUUCGCGCCAGAACUCGAGGGACAGCAACAGCAAAGGCUCCAACCACUCGAGGCAAAACAGCAGGGAGCUGCUGUACCCCCCUCCGGAGCACGUCAGACAGAGCAGCCGAGAGCUGAUGCCGCCUCCGCCUGCCCCCGCUCUGGCUGGGGUGGAGACGACCAUCGAGCUGUACGCCACUCUGCCGAAAAAGACUCGGAACUCCAGGGAGGAGAUCAAGGUUGAAAAGUCCAAGAGGGAAAAACGGGCAAGGAGUGAGGAGAGAAAAAGGGCAGAUGUCGUUGAACCUGAACCUGAGGGACUGUACAGGACUCUGAGUUCUGCCAGCAUCAAGGAGGAGGACCCGAAAAAGAGCAAAAAUAAGCAGCACAAAAUCAGAAGGAAACUGCUCAUGGGCGGUUUGAUCAAGAGGAAAAACAGGAGCCUCCCUGACCUCAGAGAUGACGAGCAGCAGGCGCCUCCGGUUGUUCCUCGACCGACGACACCUCAGCUCCAGCAGAGUGGCUACCUUUCCGAAGGCAGCACCAACGCUAGUCUUGAAAAAAGCAAAUUCAUGAGGAAGAGCAGCAGGGGUACUUUGCCUGCCAAAGUGCCACCUCCGCCGCCUCUCAGGACUUCUUCGCAGCUGACCAAGGGAGCCACCGGAAAGCCACCUCUUCCUCUUCCUGAGCCAGUCGUUUACAGCAACCUUCCCGCCUUGCAAGCUGCCAUCAAUAGCCCCUCUCCUGUUCCUUUCCACCAAAAUCAGGCCCACUCAAAUCCACCUCCAGUCGAGGAGGACUGCGUGGACUCUGCGUUGCCCCUGCCUCCGUACCCGAGUCCUCCGACUUCGGCGGUCCACUCGAGACAAGGCAGUGAGGACUUCCCUCCGCCUCCACCAAACGUCAUUCAGGACGAUGACAUUCCCGACUCGCUACUUGCAAGACUGCAACAGCAAAGGGCGGCAAUGCUGAUGGCGCACCAACAGCAAAUGAGAGAACCAACCCCACCACCUCCGCAACAACAGCAAUCAAGUGGCGAAACUUGGCUGAAGGAACUUCAGGCCAGGCAAGCCCUUAGAAAACAGGGCAACGACCCUCAGCAGGUGACCAACAAAAUGGAGGAGUUGAGGAUUAACCAGCAGGGUGAGGCCAAACCUCAUUACAAACCUCCACAGCAGCCGGCAGAGGAAUUACGAAAGAAAAAGAAAAGCGUGACUUUCUGUGAUGAGGUGACCUUAGUGGCCACUGCUGACGACAAUGAGACUGACAGCUUCAUCCCCAACCCCAUUCUAGAAAGAGUUCUGCGCUCGGCCAUGCACCAGGGCGAAACAACUUAUCAAAGACUGAACGACAAGCCGCCGACGCCGCUGAUGGAGCACCGAAACCACCAACAGCCCCCGGCGGAAAAGCCUCAAGGCCCCUAUCAACCUGUUCCAGUGCAAAACAACCCAUCGCCUUAUCAGCCAGUGCCGCAAAAGCAGCAGAUCUCUUGUCAGUACCAGUCUCACCCCUAUCAGCAACAGCAGCAGACCUACCAGCAAAAGCCGCCAAAUUCUUGCCCUCCUCCGCAGCAAGGGCCGUACCAACAGGUGCCCUACCACCCACAGCAGACCAACCCUGGUCCCUAUCAGCACGUGCCAACAUCACAGAUCUCUUAUCAACCCCCUCAACAACCACCACCGAGCAGCCCUUAUCAGCCAAUUCCCCACCCUGCGUUUACAUACUCCAACUCGAAAACAGUGUCCACGCCAGUGAUGGAAUCUCGAAUGCAGCACCACCCUUCCAUUACUGAAAAACCACCGACACCGACCCUUUCAUCUUCGCCCUACCACCACUUGCAGGAAAAACCCCCAACCCCGACCUUCUCCCAAUCCUAUCAGCCCAUGCAAAGGGCGCCGACGCCCGACAAACAGCAGCAGAUGUACAUGCAGAACCAGAAGGUCUACCAAAGGGUGCCGCCGCCUUAUCAGAGAGUGCCCGAGUAUCAGAAGCCGCCGACCUACCCCCAGCAGCAACGUCUGCCGCCCUAUUACGUGCCUUGUAUUAAUAAUAAUAAUAAUAUCAACAACAAUCAAUCGGGGCAGAAAGAGUUCCCGCCUUAUCAACACCCUCCGCCGCCUAACUCGAGUGCCAAGAGACAAAUCAGUGCGAGCAAUGGGCCGCAGAGACCCUGCAGUUUGUGCAGGAAGAAGCAAGUGAACUCGCCCGCAGUGUACUGCGUCGACUGUGACUGUUACAUGUCCAGAUUUCGACCGAAAACGUAGUUGUGAACUAUUUCUUAAGUAAUUAAUUAAUUGACUCUCUCAUGAUGCGUACCUUUACUGAAAGAUCUCGCUGUGAUUGAUUAAAAAACGCAUUUUAUGUACCUUUGCCUACGCGUUCCGAAAUUGUAUAAUAUAUUGAAUAUUUUUGUAAGAGUACAAUUUAUUGUAAAGUUCAUAAAAUAUUAUUAAAUGAUUAAAAUAAAACUUCAAAA